GGAGGAGGAGGAGGAGGAGGAAAUGGAGCCUAUACUUCUCAAUUCCUCAUUUUCCUCUCCCUCAUCGUCUUCGCCAGCGGUUCUUCCUCCAGCAGCGCGAGGGACGUCAACAGCAAUGUCCUUCGUUUCAAUGACUUGCUGCCGGAAAACCCAAGGGACUACGACAAGAUGAGACCCCCGAAGAAGGAAGGGCGGCCCACUAACGUCUAUUUCCACGUCACAGUAAUGGGGAUUGACUCCAUUAACGAAAACUCUAUGACCUACGUGGCGGACAUUUUCUUCGCUCAGUCCUGGAAAGACCACAGACUGAGACUUCCAGAAAACUUAAAUUCCAGCUACAGACUGCUGGAAGUGGAGUGGCUCAAGGACAUGUGGCGGCCGGAUAGCUUCUUCAAAAACGCCAAACAGGUCACCUUCCAGACUAUGACAAUUCCGAACCACUACGUCUGGUUACACAAAGACUCCACGAUACUGUACAUGGUCAAGCUGACUCUCACGCUCUCCUGUGCCAUGAAUUACGCGAUCUACCCACACGACACUCAGGAAUGUAGAAUGCAGAUGGAGAGUCUUUCGCACACCACGGAGGAUUUGGUGUUCGACUGGGAGCCUGAGGUGCCGCUGGUGGUGGACGACAACAUAGAAUUACCACAGUUUGAUCUCGUUGGCAACCACACGGCCGACUGCACUCAGGUCUACCACACGGGAAACUUCACGUGCCUGGAAGUGGUGUUUCAAUUAAGGCGUCGUCUCGGAUACUACCUCUUCCACACCUACAUGCCCACCUGUCUCAUUGUCAUCAUGUCGUGGGUCUCGUUCUGGAUCAAACCCGAGGCGGCACCAGCGCGGGUUACUCUGGGGGUCACGUCGCUCCUAACACUGUCCACCCAGCACGCCAAGUCCCAAGAUUCUCUCCCGCCUGUGUCUUACAUCAAGAUUAUCGAUAUGUUCAUGUCAACCUGUACUGUCUUCGUGUUCCUGGCCCUGAUGGAGUACGCCCUGGUGAACAUAGUGCUUGGGGACGGUCCUGAGGUGCCCCCGAAGAACAAGAACAAGGGCGGGGCGGAAAAGCAAGGAAGGGCGGCAGGACUGAUACAGGAGUGCUCCAAGAAGGAGAACGGUCGCCUUGCUAUCUCAGCCACUCCCGCCUUCCCAACGGAACCUUUGGCAGAUCUUCCCUCCCAUCACACCUACACCCACACCCCCCUACUGCACGAGCCCCCGACCCUGCCCCCCAUGCAGCCUCUCCACUCACCCUUACCCCCUCCACACAUCCACUCUCAUCCAUUUGACCACCCACACCUGCCUCACAUCCACCACCACCACCACCUUCGCUUCCCGCCACCAGCCCCGGGGUUUGCGGAUGUGUGUCCCCCGCUCCCAACGGUUCCCCCGCCCCCACCGCCCCCAUCACGCCACCCAGGCCCGUCCCCAGCGCAGAAGAGAAGGGCUAAGGCGAUAAUGGUGGACAGGUUUUCCAGAGUGUUCUUUCCAUCAACUUUUGGACUGAUUAACGGGAUUUACUGGAUUAUUUUCUGGCUCUAUCUGUGAGCUGGAGGUCAUGGAAUACUAAUUAAGAGAGGGAAAAACAUCAACGACAAUAGAGAUAUGUCGAUAAUGUAAACCGAAUAAUGGAGAGAGAGAGAGUGUGUGUGUGUGUGUGUGUGUGUCCCGUAGAGGAAUUAAUAUAUGUUUUGAAGUAUGUAUGUAUAUUUCAAUAGUAUACAGAAUGCUGGCCAUUUAUGUAUACCAGACUAUUAGGUGUAUGAAUGUAUGAGUGUAUAGGUUAGGUUAGGUUAGGUUAGACAUGCCUCACACCCUCACACUUGUUACUACUGGUCAUUCAUUCAUGCUAUUCACCUCACUCCUGGCGCCGUCACACAGCACACAUCAUACCUUGUCCAACAGCGCCAGGUUGCUGUGCCUCGCGCCUCAUUGUCCUGCCGUCAGUUAGCGUCAGCCUCGCCGCCCGCCCCUGGUCGUCCCUGCAGCCGCUACUCAUCGCCACCCCGUCCGUCAGUACUGGGACACAUUUGUACCUUCAGAUUUGUGUAUCAUUAGACCACUUUAUUGACAUUAGGAAAGGUCUAUGGCGGUCAAAAGAUUAAUGGCCAGUUUUCACUAUUUUAAUCGCUACAUAAAUUUUUGAAGCUGUAUAAAAUCACCAAACAGUAGAAUGAAUAUGGAAACGUGUCAUGGUACUGAAGGGGUUAAAUAAAAUGUUCAUCAGGAAAAGUAAACUUGAAAUAAAUAAAUAAAACGCAAUGAAAUACAGUGGACUGUCUCGGGACGGCUGGCUGGUGGCGGGUAGGACGCUGUAAGGCUGUUGAAAUUCUUAAUUUUUUUAGAAAAGUUAAGGAAUAUGUGUAUAGAUGACGGCGCCUCAACUCCCAUAGUGAAUGCUAAAUGUGUAAAUGAACAUGCUAAGGUUAGGUUUGGUUUGGCUAGAGUACAGUCAUCAUCUAGUUGUCACUCAUCCCUGUUGCUCAUGGCUAUUUUACAUAUUCUAUUGAAAUUUAGAGAAACAAUGUGUGUACGUGUGUGUGUCCUCACCUGCCUCAAUUGCAAACACACACACACACACACACACACACACACACACACACACACACACACACA